UUCUCCUCACUCUAGUCACGUCCGCAACUUGUCUCUGCCUCGACAACGUGUGCGCAUUAGAAGAGAUAUCUCAUAUAUCAUCUUUUUCGCGUCUUAUACCUUCACUCUUCAGCCUCCUCGACUCCAUCCACUGCGAGCGUGUAAGUCGUUCAACUCCGGACUCCAUCUCUCGAGGAGCCCACCCCCGAUUUCUAUUUCCCACCUGCGCGCCCGCGUUCUCCUCGAUCCGCCCACGCAAAACGAGACGACCCCAAAUUUCGCCUUAGCACGAUUCUUCACCGUCGCGUCUUCCACCACAAUCACCCUCGUGCUCAUGCUGCAAUAUAGCAUCACUUUCAACCUUCAAUCUUGUUAGUGGGGGGAGGCUAUACCUCAGCCUUGCAGGUGGUUUCUAUUGCACAUCCGACUCGGCCGCUUGCGCCUCGAUUACUUGACCAUGGUCCUCUUCAAACGUAAACCGGUCCGCUUUUUGCAGGCCCAGGAAAUUGAGGAUGAGAAUACUGAGGUCUGGCACAUUCCUCAAACAGGGGAGAUCUUCACCACAUAUGAGGACUAUCUUGAUCGCAUGGAUUUCUAUAAACAGCGUCGCUUUAAUGAUCAGAUUACAGGCCAUUCCGGUCUGACUUUCUUUGAGGCUCUAAAGAGCGAGCUUGCUGGUGGCAAAGAAGUCGAAGCUUCAUUUCCUGAGGCGUUGAAAGGUCCUAUACUGCGUAAGGUGCAAUUUCAGACCGUUUCUCGCCUGGAUAACCUCGUUGAUCAAAUCUACGACGAGUUCAAGCAUGACUAUUACCCUGGUGAAGAGGUCACAGUGACCAUGAAGGGAGGCGAUCGCGCUCACGGAUUGGUCCGCGAUAAGACAACUUUUGGUCCCCGCGCUCUUCCUGAUGGAACUCAUUCCUUACCUACAACCCGCUAUCUGGUGGAUCUCAAGGACACUGAACAGGACACGAUUGUAACGGAUGAGCACAUCUGUCGCGACCGGGGUAUCUUCACGAAGGCAAUGCUCAGAUCUUUCAUUAAGAAGACUGUCACCCGUGAUGCAUGGAAUGGGGCACCGUGGUUGGUCAAGCAUGACUAUGCGAGCCAGUAUCAUAUCGAUACUCGCGUUCCUCCUCACCUUCGAUACGAUACCAAGGUUAUGGAGCGUAAACAGCUCCAAGCCCAAAAGCGAGCACACCUCAAUCAUGAUACCAACGGUCAUGAUUUGACUUCUGCACUUCAUUCUGGUCCAGUACGUCUGCCGGAACUCAAGCCGGCUCCCAAGAGUAAGGCGAAGCCUGGUCAGCCAGGAUCUGGUUCCAAGGGUCUCAAGUGGCCUCUUAACAUGCCUGUUCAUGGCGGCAACCCAUUCAGCUCUCCUUCGGACUAUGGCAUCCAGACACCAAUCCAGCGUGAACCUACGCCGCCUCCUCCUCCACCUCCUCUCCCGAAAUACCCUAUUGAAGAUUUGCAGCUGGAGCCUCGAGAUGAUCGCAAGCGUCCGCCGCUUAAAUUUCUCUGCAGAAACCCACCUGUCAAGGUUGAAAACGACGAUAUGCCGCAGAGUGAGUUCUGCGACAAGAUUGACAUGGAAUCGAUUGGCCCAUUGCUCGAGACUUGGGACACCCUCAAUGUGUACUGCGAGGUGUUCAAGCUGGACUCAUUCACUUUUGACGAUUAUGUUGAGACCCUCUGCGUUGCAUCAGAGGAGGUUCCAAUUCAAUUGCUUGACGAGAUCCAUUGCUCAGUAUUGAAGAUUCUGGUGGACUCCGAAGCCGAUGGCGGCAAGGUUCGCAUCACCCUACCCGAAGUCGACGAAGAAGAUAGCGACGAGGACAGCGAUGAGGAUGCCAGCGCUCUGCCAACUCCUGAGCCCGAGGCCAGGCCAGUUGGACGAUCCACCCGCAGUAGUCUUGCUAAGGCGGAAGCAGAGCGUUUGGCUGCCGAGGCCGCGGCCGCUGAGAAGGAAAGCGAGGAGGAGACUAAGCAUCGCGCUGAACAGCUUCUCAAGGAUUACGACUGGAUCGAACACCUUCGAAAGCGAGACUUUACUAACGGUGGAUGGGAGCGAAUCAUGGUUGGCCUUCUCCAUCAGUUAUCAAAGAACGAACGUCGACAUGAGGUUUGCGAGGAACUCUUGCAUCUCCUUGUGCCUGCUGGAGUUGAUGCUACUCAAGAAACAGUCAAGCAGCGAUACGCCGAACUCGAUGUCAACCAGCGUGUCAAAGCUUUGCAGAUAAUCUGCAUGCUGACCACUGAGACCAAGGCCAUGCGAGGCUACAUGGAAGACUGCAGCGAAACCAUGACCACAUAUCGCAAGGAGAGGAUUGAAUGGCAGCGGCAACGUAAGCAAGCCAUUGAAGAUUUGCGUCAGCUCAAUGAGCAGAAGAAGAUCCUGCUACCGGAGAACAUGCCUCCUUCCCCACCAAAGGAAGAGGAUGGAGACGUAAAAAUGGCUGAUCCCGAAGAUUCCAUUAUUUCACGAGGGGGAGAUGGCGAUGAAACACAGGAUGAUCCAUCGGCUCGCAAGCGCCGACGACCUCAGACGGCUAAGCAGCGUAAGCAAGAGGAAGAAGAGGCUCGCAAGAAGGAGAAGGCUGCCAAGGUUGCCAAGACGCCUAAACCACCAACCCAAUCAAAGCAGUUCACUAAACUCCUGAAAGAUAUUCAGAAGAAAGAGGAAGUCAUCAAAAAGUGUGAGGAGGAGAUUGCCGUCAUUGAAAACGAUCUGCGUGAGGCUGACUGCCCUCGGACCCGAGUCCUUGGAAAGGAUCGCUUCUGGAACCGGUACUAUUGGUUUGAACGAAAUGGCAUGCCGUAUGGUGGACUUCCUGAUAGCUCGACCGCAUCAGCAGAUUACGCCAAUGGUCUGAUCUGGGUUCAAGGACCUGACGAGCUAGAGCGAGAAGGAUACAUCGACCUACCUGCUGAACUCCAGGAAGAGUACAAGGAAAAGUUCAACAUGACUGUUCCUGAGCGAAAGGCUAUGGAAGAGGCCAACACCAGCGUCUUCAACGCACAUCAGUGGGGCUACAUCUCGGAACCGGCGCACGUAGAUGAGCUCAUCAAAUGGCUAGAUCCUCGUGGGUUCAACGAACUCAAGCUUCGGAAGGAACUCUUAAGUUUCAAGGACAAGAUCGCCAAACAUAUGGAGAGCCGCAAGGCCUACCUAUCCAAGGAGGAAGAUGGUGAAAAGAAAGAGGAGAACCACAAGCGAAUGAGCACGCGCAUCCGGGACAAGUCGCCGGAGGCGCCCAACUAUCGCAGUCUCCAGUGGGAGAACACGACCGCGCUGGAGGAACUAGGACACUUACACAGUGAUCCCCCGCCACCACCCAGAUCUCGAAAGCAGACUCGAAAGCGGGAGGCUGUUAACGACGCGCCAGCCCCAGCAUCAAAGUCUCGACGACGUUGAAGAAAGUUCUGUAUUGCUUAUGAAGUAAUCUCAGUUUCGUAUCAGAAUGUUGACUGAUGUGUGAAUUGAUUGCAUAGCAAAGGAAAGACAUGGGGAAAGUAUCCAGAAAAGGAUUUCGAUGGAUUUUUACAGCGGAAUUGGCGAUGGUCACAGCGUGUUGAUUUUGGCGCAAAGCCUGGUAUGGAGGAGUCUUAGAGCAAAAGGCGUUUGGUUCCGUAUAUUUGCUUUUGUGGAAGGGGUUCGGGGAGAGAAACGCAUGGCAUCACAUGGCAACCGGCAGCAUUGGGAGUGGCAUAGAAAGAAAUACUGUAACUAGAUUAGAGGCUUUGAAACUGGGCCUUUCUUUGUAUGAGACAAAGACAGGGCAAGGCAAGACAAGACAAAAUCAGAAAAUACAUACAAUACUUGCUAAA